CUAUUAAUCCGAAAAACUGUUACGAAGCUGCAAUAUGCACCUUCUGCGGACAGUCCGCAAACUGCACCGCUACCGCAAUCGAAGCGCCUCAUUGCCGUGUGACACGGCAAACAAGCUCAUUUUCCACCGAAUUCCCAAGCAUACCCCCCUCAUCCAAGAGUAUUCCAACAUUAACUCAUAUUUUGCUUGCAAUGAGCGAUAGCUAGCUGCGCAGUUGCGUUUACACUUCUAAAGAGACAGCGCAGCUUUGUGUCGAUUGAGUCGCGUUAACGCUGCGCAGCAUGAGUGCCCAAAUUGUGUCACUCGCUGGUUUGUUUUGAAUGUCAAAGGCUCAGGCUAGCUGUACGUCUCAAUAUUGUUGAUAGCUUGUUAGCAGAUUAGCAUGCUAGGCUAACGAAAGUCAACCCAGAUGCGUUAAAAUGACUAAAUCUAGGAGUUAGUCGAGUAUUAAGACCAAUCACAUCACACAGUUUGUGUCGUUAGACUGCAAUGAGAGUCUCAACAGUUGUUUUUUGUUUGUAAUGUUGUAAAUACGCUUGCUAAGCUUCUUAAAAACACCAGCUAGCAUGUAAGAAAUCGCUGGUAUCCAUUCAUAUCCUGCGCUCCGGUUCUCCUGUAACCGAGCGAUGGCUCAGAUCCGCUACUUCCAACAGCCGGGUUUCUUUCAUAGUUACGUGGAUUUGUCCUUAGAGUGACUCUUUGAUUUGUUUCGAAUGAAAGCGACGAAUAGGGUUGUUAUUCUAUGUGGUAAAGUAAGGGAGAACCCACACUUGGGCGGUGUGAAAACCGCGCUUUUUUCAGGAUGUUGAGCAUCGCUGUCCGCUGGUUCUCGGUGUUCUGGUAGACGCAAGUUCUGUUUACUGAGUGUCUGGAUAUUUUCUGGAGCGCGCCUGGUUCUGAGGACUAUUAGAAAAGCUGAGGUGGUCCGGGUCUAUUUAAAAAUCAGCUGUUUUUAGUGUUGUCAUGGAUGAUGAAGAUGGCAGGUGCCUUCUAGAUGUAAUUUGUGACCCAGAAGCUCUCAAUGAUUUUCUUCAUGGAUCUGAGACCCAUGGCCAUGUUUCAGAGGUCCAGCCUACAGUGCCGCUGUCGGUCAAUGAGUCAGCCGGCCUGCCCAGAGUCAGUGUUGACCUGGACUUCCUCGAGGAUGAUGACAUCUUGGGUGGAUCCCCAGGAGGAGAGGGCGGAAGCAACGGGAUCGGGACGAACCACGAACCGUGCGACAUCCUGCAGCAGAGCUUGGCAGAGGCCAACAUCACAGAGCAGAGCUUACAGGAGGCAGAAGCCGAGCUGGACCUGGGCUCCUUCGGGAUUCCAGGCCUCACACAGGUGGUUCAGACACUUCCCGAUGCGAGCCUCACCGGGGCGGGAGGAGCCGCCGUUGGCGUAGGAAUCGGGGGUCCGGCGGCACUUUUCCCCGGGUCGGUCCCGAGCACCACGCCUACUCCCCCCAAUGCCACGGCUGACAUGCUGGGCUCGGUGCUCGCCCAGCAGGGCCUUCAGCUCCAGCCCCAGGUUGUGAACAAGGCCAUCAGCGUCCAGCCAUUUGUGCAGCAGGUGGGCCUGGGAAAUGUGACAAUUCAACCCAUUUCGAGUCUCCAGGCUCUUUCAAAUGGGAACCAGUCAGGACAUUUGGGUAUCGGACAGAUUCAGGUUGUGGGUCAGCCUACAGUUAUGACUAUUAAUCAGUCUGGGCAGCCAAUCCUGGCAAAGGCCAUGGGUGGAUACCAGUUGCACCAGUCUGGGGCUGAGGUGUCCGGUGCUGGUUCUCAGUCAGGGCUUGGAGGCGCAGGCGGCGGGCUUCUGAUCCAAGGUAACAAAGCUACUUUGAGUUCCCCAGCUUUAAAUGGACCGGCUGUGUGUGUCAGCAGCGCCAACAGUAGUGGCGGUACCAUGACGGCACCGUCUGGGCUUGUAGGAUUUGGUAGCACCCCUCUAAGUUCAGGGGUCACGCCGCAGGCACAAACCCAAGGAGGCCAAAUCAUGCAGAACGUGAUCAUCCAGCGCACCCCCACACCAAUUCAACCUAAACCCCCUCAGGGUGGAGCCAUUCAGCCCAAACUUUUCAAACAGCAGCCGCAGCAGCCAUCACCGGUACCCCAGACCCUCCAGAACGACGCCCACAAGACCCUCGGGAUUCAGCAGCUGCCGGUUUCCGCUGCUCAGAAUGUAACCUUCCUGACAGGGAAGCCCGGUUCUAACGUGGUUCUGAGUACGCAAGCCACAACGCAGGCCCCCCAGUUUCAACAGUCUCUUUUCAAGCAGCAAGGCCCACAGCCGUCAGGCAAACCUCUUAGCGUCCACCUACUAAACCAACCGAGCAGCAUCGUUCUUCAGGGUCAGAACCACCAGUUCCUCCUGCCCCAGCUGCAGGCGGGCGGGCAGAUCCUGACCCAGCACCCCGGUGGCCACAUCAUCACAAGUCAGGGUCCCGGUGGACAGAUCAUCGCAAACCAAAUUUUGACUGCAAACCAGAACAUCAACUUGAGUCAGGUGCUGACUUCACAGGGCCCCUCCGGGGCAACCCACAUCCUCUCCGGACCCAUCCAGCUCCAGUCUGGCCAAAUGGGCGCACCUACCCUCUUUCAGAUGCCCGUUGCCUCACUGGCUCAGACUCAAAGCCAGACGCAGACCCACACCGUCUCCGGGGGUGCGCAGACGGUUAUACAGGGCAUGCCGAUCCAGAACCCCUUGACCAUGUUGGGUCAGGUGGAAGGACUGAGCCCUGCCGUCAGCCUUCAGCCCGCUCUGCAGCCCCAGUCAGGCGGCGUCCCCAGCAGCACGGGAGCAGCAACAGUAGGUCAAGGCCAGCCUGGAGAAGCCGUGGCUGUGUUGGGAGGCUCUGCCGACCCGGCGGGUCACCCCACGCAGCAGCUGCUCCCACAGUCCUCCAUCCUCACCUUACAGCAGGCUUCCUCCGUGUCCUCUGCUUCCACCGUGUCCUCCUCUUCUCCGUCCAUAUCGGUCUCCACCACGUCCUCCUCGGUCACAGCAGUGGGGCUGGCUCCCCCUCAAGCUCAGCACAGUCCAGGGAGGCUACUAUUCACCAACCAGGGCCAGAGUAUGAUUCUGAGCCAGGAGUCUCUGCAGAUGUUCCUCCAGCAGGAGCAGCGCCAUCACACAGAGAAUGAGUCGACCCCCUCUGUGGGCGUGCCGGCGUCUGUAAUCGUCAGCAGCAACAGCAUCACUACUGCGGCCCCUGCUGUCCAUGAUAGCCAAUUAGCUGACUCUUGGGUGGGGCGGAGCCACAGUCCUCCCCCUGGCCCCUCCCACAUGACAGCAGUGGUAAAGGUACCUUCCAGCGCAGCUCAGCAGCCUCUGAAGAUCCAGGGCAUGUCCCCGUCGCCGGCGUUGACCACUCAUCCCCCGACGCCCCCCGUGGCGGAAAGCCCCCAGCCUUCCCAGUCACCACUGGUCCUGGGCCAGCAGAUCCAGUCCCCGCAUCAUCAACAGCGCCCUCCGUCUCAGCCGCAGCCGCAGUCCCAGACCCCCUCGCGCUCCUGCACGCCCUCGUCUCACCCUUCGCUCUUCAUCGUCCCCAGUCAGGUGGCGGAGUCCCCCAAACCCGCCACGCAAGUCCAGCCGCAGCAGACGCCCCCCCAACAGCAGCACAUCCAACUUCAGCUCCAGCCCCUCCCCCGACCGCCGUCGCUGCCCGCCCCCUACCAGCAAGAAAGGCCUUCAAUGUCACAGUCGCCCAAACCUCCCUCCGCACCCGCAGCGCCGCAGCACCCGUUCACGCCCGCUCCGGCUAGCGCUUGUGCCACCGCCGUGGUGAAGACCCAGAUCCCCGUCCAGGGCUUGACGGCGGUGCAUCAGCAGCAGCUGCAGCUGGUGGGAGCUCAAAUCCAGACUCUGUCCUCCAUCAGCCAACCCUCACCUCAGCAGAAACAGCUGCUGGAGAAGCUGCACCAGGUCCAGCAGAACAUCAUGCUUCAGGCCAAACCUGCUCCUCAAACCCCCAGUCAGUUUAUGUCCCAGCAAGACGUGCCUGUCGAUAAAACGAUUGCUUCAUCAACCAGCUCCGACAUUCCCGCUCAGCUUCCCACAAUGCUGCAGCCGACGUCGGUGCUCGUCAAAACUCCCGCUUCAGGUCAGCUGCAAAUAUCAAGUGACUUACAGGUUUUCUCAGGAGCCCAAGGGCCAGCACUGGUGAAUCAGACUGUCUCUCCUGCCAGCCUUACCCAGCCUGCACAGGUUCAGCCAAAGCCAGGAGUGAUCAGCUCAGUCGGGGGGAUGACUCUGGGGAAAGGUGGGGUGAAAAUCCAGGUGUUAGGAGCUACCCUGACCCAGAUGCCUGCUCCACAACCCCUUCCAGUACAAACUCAGACAACAACAAUGCCUUUCGGUGGAGAACCCAGUAAAGAAGCCAGGAUGCUGGAACAGCUGAGGAAACAUCAGGGUUCAGUGCUUCACCCCAACUACAGUGCUCCUUUCCACUCCUUUGAGGACACUCUGAACAGACUGCUGCCUUACCAUCUCUACCAGGGAACUGCCAACUCCUCCCAAGACUAUCAGAGAGUGGAUGAUGAAUUUGAGAAGGUCUCCUGCCAGCUGCUAAAAAGGACCCAAGCGAUGGUUGAUAAAUAUCGCCACUUGCUCUUCGCUGAGUCAAAAGCAUUUAAACCUGAGCAGAGACUGGGCCCCUCGGCAGAGAUGGUGAUGAUCGACAGGAUGUUCAUCCAGGAGGAGAAGAGUGCUCUGACUUCGGACAGGGCUUUUGCCAAGGAGAAACCAGAGGAGUUUUUGGCGAGCGUGCGAAAGUUGGACAGUAUCUCUGAGCCGACGGAGCCCCCCUCAGUGAGUGGAGUGGCCCCGGUUGACCCCCCUGUCCAAGCACCUGUUGCUCCAGCUGCAGCGCCUCCUUUAAACGUCACCCCAAUCCCUCCGCCGGCAUCUGCUUCCGCUCCGGUUCAAGCUCCUGCUCCAGUUCCCGCUGCGACUCCUGCGCCUCCUUUCCCCCCUACCAAGUUGGUCAUAAAGCAGGGUGGGGGCGGAGCAUCUGUAUCCUGGACUACCAGCUGUCCUCCGGCUGCUCCAGCCAAACCCGCGUCUGAUCCUGUCAGCCAAAGCUUCAGCCGUGCUCCCACCACCUCCUCAUCGUCGUCAUCCUCCUCCUCGCUCCCCUCAAACUCCCAGGACGCAGACGACGACGACGCUCUCCCUCAGCGAACCAGCAAGCCGCCCAUCAAGACCUACGAGGCUCGCAGGAGAAUCGGUUUGAAGCUGAAGAUCAAGCAGGAUCAGACGGGCUUCAGUAAGGUGGUCCACAACACGGCUCUGGACCCGGUGCACACGCCCCAACCUCAGCUGAGCAAUCAGGCCACGCCCCCGCCUCAGGCUCCGCCCCAGUCUGACGCCGCUGAUGCAAAGCCCCACCCUUUAUCCUCCCCUCUCACCACGGUGAUCAGAACUCAGUCCCCCGCCUGCACAGCUUCCGCCGGCUUCUCGGUUACCAUGACGACCACUCAGAGCAACCCCCCUCUGAGAGGAAGUGCUUCCUCCGCUGGAGCCCCGCCCUCGUCCUCUUCAUCCUCUCACGCCUGGCCGUCGUCCACCUCGUCCUCCACUCAAAUGAACGGCACGCUGGAUCACCACAGUGGGGGCGGAGUCAAACACAACCCCGCCUCCACCCCCACCCCCUCCCAGACCACGUGCCGCCUUCCCCUCCGGAAAACCUACCGGGAAAACGUGAGCCCGCGGGUCAGACCCGGCGUCCCGGGUGGAGGAGACGAAAGUUUGUCCUACCCCAGGGCCACCCCCUCGCCCCCCAGGCACGGGGCCUCCACCCCCCCCUCAGAGCGGACAGUCAUAGCCAGCGUGAAGGUGGACAGAAGAGACAGGGAGGCGUUACGCCCCCACACAGAGUCCAGCCACGACGCUGGACAUUUAGGGGGGGCGGGGGUGGACAAAAUGAACGAAGUGUUUAACCGUGGCAUCAAACCCACGCAGCACCAUCAUCACCCCCUGCUCCUAGACAGGGAGGGGGGCAAGGAAGAUCACGCAGACCAGGAGGUCAACGUACGGAAAUACAAGCGGCUGGGCGGAAAAAACAAACACAUGAGCGGCGGGACUUUCCGAAUGGACCAGCACGCCCCCGGGCCUCCCUCCCCGGAGUCCUCCUUCCCCCGAGACUCUCUGCUUCCUGCCAAACGCUGCAAGUCGGACUCCCCCGACAUGGACAACGCCAGCUUCUCCAGCGGCAGCCCGCCGGACGACUCGCUGAACGAGCACCUGCAGUGCGCCAUCGACAGCAUCCUCAACCUGCAGCAGGAGCCGUCCGGCCGCCACAUCAAGGGGGGCGGCAGCCGGCCCCAUCAGCACCAAAGUCAGCGCCCGGGGGACCUGGCUGCCUCCUCCCACAGACCCUCACUCCCGCCCGCUUCCUCUGCCUCCUCCUCGUCCGCCUUGGCCCAGCACCCUCAGGUCGGUGGGCGUGGCCACAACGGCAGCCUGGUGCCCCAGACUCAGAGCAGAUAACAGCCCUUCAGCCCCAGGCUGGACUGACGGGGGUUCAACCAGGAGGCUGGUCAGUAGUCACGAGUAGGGGGCGCUGUUUUCAAAUAGCAUCACUGUACUGUUCUGCCGAGCUGUGUUGGCUUUGUCCAUUCGAAUUGUUCCGGGAAGUUUGUAUCUGACAGACAGAGGUCCCAGCAGAGCAGUCGAACGCCGGCGCCUGACUCCUCCCCCUUUUUUCCUUUAGCCAAUGAGGCUUUUCGUUCUCAAACUUCUGUCAUUUUCUUCUUCUCCUCCUCACUAUUUAUACAUUCCUUCCAUGUGGCCUUAGCAGCAGUCACUGUUCACAGAUGUCCUGGUAAAAACGGCGUCCCCGGUAAGCAUCGGGCAGCUUGUUUGAACCGUUCCCAUGGCGACGGGAGGCAGGAGGAUGCAGCACCUGGAGCAGAUCAAUAAAUACAGCAACUCUCGUGUCUUGCGUGCACUUAUCAGAGAUUUCUGCCUUACUGAGGCACACGGUUAAUGCAAUCCAUCUUGUUGUAAACUUCAGUUCUCAUCUUUUACUAGAUGCGUCGAAACACGUUUAGGAAAUAUGGAAUUCUAAAAUCUUUACCGUUCCCUCCUGACAGAAAGAAUCGGUUUAGUUUCUGCUUUAAACAUUUCCCGGGUUGUUUUCUCACCUUCGCUGUCGGUCGUCUCUGAUGGACGCAUUUCAGUUUCCUGUCUGCUUCAGCUCUGUCACUGUGCACCCGUCUGUUCUCUAUUCCAGCUCUGGUGGACAAACCCAAACGCAGCACAAGCAUCCAGAUGGGGGGAAAAAAGGAACAGUAAUAAUGUAAAAAAAAUAAGAAGAAAAAGACCGGAAGAGAAUUUGAAGUAUAGUAUUACAGAUUAAUUUUGUAUUGUAUUUAUUGUGUAUAAUGACACUUUUUAAAAAGAAAUGUACAUUUAGUAAAACUGUAAAUUAAACCUUGUUUCUUUUAUGAAA